UAGAAAUGCGUUCUAAGCCCUUUCUGCUUGGGAGAAUCUUAAUUCCAUGCAAACAGACAACUCUGUCAGUGGAUCGUGUUCAACAGUGUAAUACAUUCAAAUGUACAAAGGUAGGCAUGACCAGAACAAUACAGAGAAGGAAUAUAAGGGACACAUUGGGAAUAUGUACUAGAAACUAAACAAGAGACUGAGCAUCAAUUGAGGACUCCAAAGAAGACAGUGCGUUCUCAGAUUUGCCUUCGUACAUCGAUAAAGAAGAAUGACAGGAUUAAAUACAUGCAGCAUGCUGAAACUUUGGAGUACACUUAUCUGUCAGCUGGCUGUAAGCCUGUCCUACCAUAUUGUAAAAGCUAAUCUGUGUCAUGGUGGCAGUGACAUCACAGCUGCUGUCCGAGAGAACAGCCCAAAUGGAGAAUUCAUUGCAAAUCUCAGUAUAAUAGGGAACCCUGGGGUCAACAGCAUUCGCCUGUGCCUAACUGGAGAUAACGCUGACUGGUUUUUCCUAGAAGGUAAAACCAUCAGGUUAAACUCUUCUUCCACAAGAGUACUGGAUCGGGAGGAACAGGGUUCCAUUUUGGUGGCAUCCUUGACCUGUUAUGAAAAUGAUGCAAUUCAGGCUAUAUAUCGAAUCAUGGUUGAGAUCCUUAAUGAAAACGACAAUAGACCCAAAUUCCUUCCACACUCAAUUCAGCCUCUGAACAUAAGUGAGCUGACGUCAGUGAACACUGUUAUAUUUGCAGUGCAAGCUCGAGAUGCAGACCAUGAUACUAUUGUAUAUAUUAUUGAUACCACUUUGCCUGAAGCCAGCUACUUCAGGAUAGACUUGCCAAACAGCGGUAGAGUUGUUUUGGCCAAACCACUGGAUUAUGAAACAAAAUCACAACUGGAAUUAAUCAUUUUUGCUGUGGAAAUGAAUACAGACCAAAAGUAUAAUACAUCGGUGACAAUAAAAAUCAAUGUUCUGGAUGGAGAUGAUCAGUAUCCGCAGUUUCUCCCAUGCACCCCCUGGUCACAAGACCAGACCAGAUCAAUCUGCACAAACCCAGUCUAUACAGUGAACGUUACAGAAAAACAGCAGGGUGGUUCUUUACAUUUUUCCCCUGGUCCAGUUUAUGCAGAGGAUGGCGAUAAAGGUUUAAGGACCCCAGUAAAAUACACUAUUCUGUCAGGCGCAGAUAAUGGCAGAUUCACAAUAAACAAUGUUACUGGGGAAGUUGUUCUGACAAGGCCUGUGGAAAAUAGACUACUGACACCAACCCUUAGGCUACAAAUUAUGGCAUUCCAGGUAGAUGAUCCAAAAAAAUACACAGUGACUACAGCUCUGAUAAGAGUGUUAGCUGUGAAUCGCUUUCCACCACAGUUUAACCAAACUACAUACAAGGGGUUUAUCAUGAAAAACCCCGGCCCUGCAGCCCUUGUAACUACAUAUAGAAAUGCAGUUCUACUGGUACAGGCCCUUGAUCGAGAUUUCAGAGAGGGGCUGAAUCCUAAAAUCCAUUAUUCUCUUACAUCAAAGUCCAACAACACUAGGGUCUACCAGAUCACACAAGAAGGACUGCUAAUUGCCAAAGCAAAUCAGCUCCGGACGCACGAGAAACAUUUCUUGGAGGUAAUCGCAGUGGAUCAGGAAUCAGGGGAAACUGCAAAGGCCUCCGUUGAUAUUGAAGUUCUACAUAAUGGUCAAGAAGCUCCAGAAAGUCCAUUCGGAGGAGACAAACUUUAUAGUCUGGUGGACAUGGCUGUUCUGGGGGGCAGCAUGGGAACAGCCCUGCUUCUUCUCAUUUUAGCUGUGUUUGUGGUUUUCUGCUCUGUGAAGAAACAAAGAAAGCAUCAGGACAUUACUGACAGGGCUUCUGUGGCUAUGGAUAAACAUCCAAAUGUGGUUAACCCUGGAAAAUCCAUGCCCCUUGUUGAGGAAAUCUCCUAUCAAAAUGAAGGAUACAACUUAGAUGAAGAUGAGGUUUGCUCAAACAUCAGUGACAAAAAAGGUCACACAAAGAAUGUCGAGAAGGCAGAUGUUAUACCACAUUUUUUAGAGAAAAUGAAAAAUAAAGAAAACAACCUUACACAAAUUCCAAAUGAUAUAGUGCAAGCAAAUCUGGCACCUCAGCUGGCAGCAGGACAUAAAUCAUCAUCUAUCAUGUGCAAUGGAAAAAUGGUUGACAGAUCUGGCUAUAAAUCUGUGUGGUUCAAAGAUGAAGUACUACCUAAAGAAAGUAAUUUCAACACAGGGCAAUAUUCUGUUGUCCAGACACUUGAAGUUAAUUUGGAACCUGUGCAAAAAAAUGAAAAAAAUGAUUCUCACCCUUUGAACAAAGAGGAUCAUGUCACAUCUCAAUUCGAAGAUCCAGCUGCUGAUAUGAUUUGUAAAACAAAGAAUGAAACACCAGACAUUCAUUUAGAAGAAUCAAGUGUGAUACAACAGCUAAGCAGUUAUUUAAAAGAUCUGGCAGAAAAUCAAGAUAGUGUUGAUGGACCGUUAGAAAACCCUUAUAAAAAGUAUGUAUGCAGCCAUUUAUGAAACAUGACAUGAAGACACGUCUGAAGAGCAGAACUAUGAAAAAACUACCAGUGGGCCCCAACAUUUUGAAGAACCAGACUAGUAAUAAUGAAGACACAACUGAAGGUUUUUUUGGUAGGUGAAACCCCUUUGUUACGAAUGAAUGAAAUUGAAAGUACAUCACCUACAGCAGUAAAUUAGUUUCCUUUGAUAGAGUUUGAGCCACAGAAGCAGGAUUGUGAAUGCAGAACACAGAGUGGACUUGUAUUUUACAUUCAGGAUUCUAUUAAAUUACACUAUGUAACACAAUUUUUGUUCCUGGGUAGUAAGUGUUA